AGAGAGAGAGAGAGAGAGAGAGAGAGAGAGAGAGAGAGAGAGAAUAAAACACACCAUACAGAAGGGACACCUCAUUGCCUCGGGCUCAGAGAUCAUGCCGUCUUACGCCUUUAAUCAGGUUAUUGACAAAGAUGACGUCAUGUUUAAGCAACUGUUAAAACUAGACUUGGGUGGGACUUCUGCACAUCCAUCAGCUGUCAGAUAUCAAAAGCCUGGCUCCAUUCCUUCUGACCACUGGGCACAAGCCAAAGAACUCUCUCUGUCAUCGCGAUGGAACAAAACCAGCUUCUGGUCAGACCGUGCCGUCAGUAUGGUGGAGGGUGACACCGGAGGUCUCGGCUGGGCAUGUGAGAAGCCGGGGUUGGUGUUAAGCUCUGCGUCGUUCUCCGGCUCCUGCGAAUCUUCCAGCUCCACUUCUUCACGUUACAAGACUGAACUGUGUCGCACCUUUACAGAAAGAGGCACGUGCAAAUAUGGGAGCAAGUGCCAGUUUGCUCACGGAGCAGAGGAGCUACGCGGCAUCAACCGCCACCCCAAGUACAAGACUGAACCGUGUCGCACGUUCCAUUCCAUCGGUUUCUGCCCGUACGGUAUCCGCUGCCACUUUGUGCACAACAACGAUGACGAUGCCCACCUUCGCCCUCAACAGCCCUCUUUUCCCACGAGUACCCAGCGUCCCCCUCGCCUGAAGCAGAGCUUUAGCUUCGCUGGCUUUCCUUCUAACCCCACACUACUCGAUCCUCCCUUUUCUCACUCGUCCUUCCUCGGCAUGCCGCCUGCCUCGCCACCACCUUCUUCGGACACCAUCUCCGACCUCCUGGCCAUGGCGUUCCCGGAGUUCCAGCCGUCACAUGACUCUGGCUGCUCCAGCGGCGAGCCCACUCCUACUACCUCACCCUCUCAGAUGCCACCUAGUGCACCUGACCAGAGUUUCAGUGCCUCACUGGGCACACGGAGUCUGUCGCUCACCUCGCUUUCUGACCACGAAGGACGCUGCAGCAGCUCGGCCAGCAGCCUGAGUGGCUCGGAUCUGUCUUCGACUCAGGACAGCGCUGCCAAGAGGCUGCCAAUCUUCAGCCAGUUGUCUGUCCCUGAUGGCUUCUGCACUGAAGGCAGCUUCAGUUUCUUCCUUUAGAGCCAGAAUCCUGGUUCUCGCUCCUGAUCACAGAUUUAUACAACAUGUACUUGACUCUGUAUGUGAGCUCGCUGUGAAGAAUUCUACAUGUGGUGCCAUAAAGAAAGAAGUGGAGGACUUUUUUUUUUUUUUUUU